AUGUCGGUUGCCAAAACUGCUACCAUGAUGCGUCAGCAUACGACUCCAGCGCCUGUUCCCGCUUCAAGCCUCAGUGGGAAUCCAGUUAAGGACAUUCAGGCUGAGAUUAAUCCAAGACCCAGUACACUGAUCUUGGACCUUGGCGGUGUUCUCUGUAACUUCUCUGCUCCCCUCGGCGCUCCGAUUCCACCCAAGCAAUUCAAAUAUAUCCUUGAAUCUGCUGAGUGGCACAACCUUGAGUCAGGCAAGGGAACGGCUUCAGAGGCGUACAAAUCGCUCACAGAGAGGUUACGACUGCAUGAGGGCGCAUUGGAGGAGACGGUCCGCCAGGCAUCGUUGACGUUAACACUUAAUGACGACUUCGUGGUGGCUAUCAGGAGGCUAAAGACAGAGUCCAACGACACGCUGCGAGUGUUUGCUGCGACCAACAUGUCGAACGAUAGCUACGACACUGUUCGUGCAAAGCUUGGGGGUUGGGACAUCUUUGACGAUGUGUUCACGUCGGCCAGACUUGGUGUUCGCAAACCAGAGAGGGACUUUUAUAAUCGAGUCCUUGAGGUCGCUGGUGUAGCUGCUGACUCUGCAGUCUUUGUUGACGAUCGUACCGAGAAUGUCAUCUGUGCUCAGUGUUGCGGGAUGCGUGGCGUUCUCUUCGACAACACCGAGAGUGCAGUACGGAAGCUUCGAUCCCUCUUCGGUGACCCCGUACAGCGCGGCAGAUCAUGGCUUCAAACACACGCAAAGGACAUGUGGUGCAUGUCCAGCACUGGGUUGGAGAUACGAGAGCAGUUCCAGCAGCUACUCCUAUUGCAUCUCACGAACGACUGGGAUCUUGUCCAAAUCGGCCAGCUGAAUCCUCCCGAGGGUCGUUGGAAUUGUUUUGCCUACGGCCCACCGGUUUUAACUACAGCCACAUAUCCCGAUGACUUGGACACCACCUGCCUGGCUCUACUCAAACUUGAUGUUCCAGACAGCAUCAAACAAAAGACCAUGGACGACAUGUUGCAGUAUAUGAACCCAGAUGGUCUAGCAUAUUGUUACUUUGAUUCUAGCAGACCGCGCCUUGAUCCCUUCAUCUCGGCCAAUGUGCUCCGCCUUUUCUAUGCCAACGGACGAGGCACCCAGCUCCUGUCUGCACGCCGCUUCAUGGAAGACAUGCUCCGCACUGGGGCAUUCGAGCAUGGUACUCGCUAUUACCACCUGCCGGAUUUUCUUCUGUACUAUCUCAGCGAUCUGUGCGCGAAGAACCCUGACGCUGAUGAGCUUGACUUUAUUCGCGAUUUGGUUUGCUGGCGUCUCAAAGAUCGCAUGGGUUCUACACACGAUGCAUCCAGUGCUGCUUUGCGUUUAGUUUCAUCAAACAAUAUGCAGUUGGUCAACAAUCUAGACAGAAAAACAUUGUUAGAAUUACAGCACAGCGAUGGAAGAUGGACAGGAGAUAUCUAUCGAUACGGCUCGACCGGGAUUCUUUUCUCUAGCGAGGGGCUGGUGACGGCUUUGGCUGUCACUGCACUUGAGAGCAAUCUCGCCAAUGACCAGGCCAUCAAUUCUGAACACUAA